UAAUCUAAGAAAGAACAGAGUGAUAGAACAGAAUAGAUGGCGUCCUCCGAGUCUGACUCGCCAACUCGGAGCCCCCAACUCAGAAAAGACGUCAUCACAAAUCGCUGGGUCAUUUUCUCACCCGCCAGAGCCAAACGACCCUCCGAUUUCAAAUCCAAAUCUCCUGCAAACCCUAACCCUAACCCCAACAACCACCAAUGCCCCUUCUGCAUCGGCCACGAGCACCAGUGUGCUCCCGAGAUCUUCCGUCUUCCGCCCCACGACCCGGAUUGGAAGAUUCGGGUUAUCGAGAAUCUGUACCCUGCCAUCACCAGAGGAGUUCCUGAUCAUGAUGAUGAUCAUCAUUCCUUGGCUCAGGCAUUGGACGGGGUUGGGUUCCACGACGUGGUGAUUGAGUCGCCGGUGCAUUCUGUUCAGCUCGGCGAUUUGUCUCCGUUGGAGAUCGGUCAAGUUAUUCUUGCUUAUAAGAUUAGGAUACAGCAAAUUGCGAGCUGUGAAUCGAUCAAAUAUGUUCAGGUUUUCAAGAAUCAUGGUGCUUCAGCAGGAGCAUCGAUGAGUCACUCUCAUAGCCAGAUGCUGGCACUGCCAAUUGUUCCUCCUGCCGUUUCCACUCGAGUCGAAAGCAUGAAGGAGUAUUUCAAUCAGACAGGAAAAUGCGGGAUUUGUGAAGUCAACGGACAGGAUCUUUUGGUUGACGCUUCAACCCAUUUUUUAUCGGUUGUUCCUUAUGCUGCCACAUUUCCUUUUGAGAUAUGGAUUAUUCCUCGUGAUCACUCUCCUCAUUUUCAUGAAAUAAAUGAUGAGAAGGCUCUUGACCUUGGUGGGCUACUGAAACUCAUGCUCAGGAAACUUUCAUUGCAGUUGGACAAUCCUCCAUUCAAUCUUAUGAUUCAGACAUCCCCACUUCAGAUUAAUGUUUCAGAUACUUCUCAUUCUCACUGGUUUUUACAGAUAGUACCGCAAUUAACUGGCGUGGGAGGGUUCGAAAUCGGAAGUGGUUGCUACAUUAAUUUUGUCUUCCCUGAGGAUGCUGCAAAAGUUCUAAGGGAAGUAAAUGUUCCUGAAUAGAAAAUUAGAAAUAGCUUACAAAUAAUUCAAAGAAAAAAAAUCUAAUUUUGUUGAUUUAUGCCAAAUUUCUUUUAAACACCAUGAUCGGAUGAACUAGGCAUAACAGGGUGUGAAUGUAGAUAAUUUUUUUAGGAUAAAAUGGUUACUUAUUUAUGUAAUUUAUUUUCAAAAUUUCUUAAAAAACUCAAAAGAAUAAAAUAAUUGUGGAGUUAAGUUCA